AUGUCAAUCACAUCUGGAUUUCUGGUCUCUCUGUCCUCAGGGUCCAAAGCCACCUCCUGUGAGGCCUGUCACAGACUGGCUCGAUGCCACGCCCCCCUCCACGAUAACAGCGUUGAGACCGUGGACGUGUCUUGCCGCUGUGACGACGGUGUGGUGGGAGAUGGUUUCACCUGCUACAACAAAAGCACCUGCAGCGAUGACUGCUGUGGCCGGGGUUACUACUGGUCGCCGCUACAGGGCUGCGUGGAUGUGGAUGAAUGCUCUCAGCCCCGCCCCCCCUGUGGUCCUGGGCAGGUCUGUGUGAACACCCCAGGCUCCUUCACCUGCCUGCUCCCUGAUCAAAAGAGCCGCACAGCAGUGAAAUCCAGACCCCGCUCAGUAAAGUUUGGCUGUGGAAGCGCACAGUGUCCUCCAGGUCACGACUGUCUCCAGGUGAACGGCACAUCUCAGUGUGUCGACCCGUGUCAGAACUACACGCCGCUACAAGACACCCGGCGAUCCACAAACCUGUGGGCGGACCCUGAGUCCAGAGUCUGUGACAUGCAUACCGACUGGCAGGGCUGGUACCGUCUGUUCAUCGGUAACAGCAGUGUCCGGAUGCCAGAGCGGUGCAUUCAGCGACACAUGUGUGGGACCGACGCCCCCCUGUGGCUGCGGACCCCCCACCCUCUGAAGACUGAAGGCAUUGUUUGGGCGGAGGUUUGUGGCAGCUGGGAACAAGACUGCUGCCAGUUUCAGUCCAACCCCAUCCACGUGAAAGCCUGCCCAGGAAACUACUACGUCUACAAGUUAGUCAGCCCGAACCUGUGCCGGCUAGCUUACUGUGCAGGUGAGAAACAGGUACGCCGAUGUAGAGACACACGGUUAUUACACCUAUGUGUAGGAUACCACCUUUUCGUAGAUGUUCAGGAUGUGGUGGAACUUCAGGGUUCAUGUUGUUGUGACAGAGCAGAUCAGUCACAGUCACACAUCAUGUCGUAUCACAAACCAGAACCUCUCCCUGACAGAGUCGUCCUCCGCAGAGUCCAGAUGUUGAACUCCAGGGUUGAGAACGGUUUGUUCUACAUGUUUGUUUGCUGUUUGCACGGUCACGGUCUCUGAUGGUUUGAACCCGGCCUCACAGAAACACUCCAACACUGAAUUUCAUGGACGUCAUGAACAUGGACAAAGACACCAAAGAUUAACAAACGUAGUUAAUGUGUUCUUCAUGAACUCACGGUGGUUUUGUGUCCUUUACCAGAUGCCAACACUGCGGUGUGUAGUACCUGUGCUGACGGUGAGAGCUGUGUGAGCAGGGACAACAUCAACUGGAGAUGUGAACCAGGUGAGUGACCAUGAAACACACACACACACUUCACUGUCACCAACAGAUGUUAGCAACCUUAACACUCUACUCUGGAUAUCUUCUGAGGCACAGUCAUCUCCCUCCGUCUGGAACUAAGAGUUCUCUGAAGGCACAACACUGAGGUCUUAAAGGGUCCUGUUCAAAGAUCUUCUCAGAUCUAUCGGGUCUCACUGAGUCCUAAAGAGUCUUUACAGGUUUCAAAGGUGUUUCAGUCCAAAUGAUGGAUCCACAUGAACAUGUCAAGUUCUUCCGUCAGUGUCUACAGGUCCCAGGAGGUUUAGCCUAAUGAGUCUAUGAAAGGUCAGAGUCUGGUCUGAAAGAUCCAGUGGUUUUGACAGGUCCAGGAGGGCUUUGAAUGGUCAAGUGAUCCAGAAUUUAGACAAAUGCUGAGACUUAUGAAUUCAAGAGAAGGACACCAUACCUUCAGGAGAUGUUGACUGACUCCUUCUCUGAUGUUUAGACCCCAGGUCUAGUCUGCGGCUGGUGAACGGGGACACAGCAUGCUCUGGGCGGGUGGAGAUCUUCCAUAACAGCCAGUGGGGAACUGUCUGUGAUGAUAGCUGGGAUCUGAAUGACGCCCAGGUGGUCUGCAGACAGCUGGGAUGUGGUCCUGCCCAGUCUGCACCUAGUGCGGCUCACUUUGGACCAGGAACUGGACCGAUCUGGAUGGAUGACGUCGCCUGUACAGGCAGUGAAUCUGCAUUAUCCCAGUGUGGACACAAUGGGUUUGGCAUUCAUGACUGCCUCCACUCUGAAGAUGCCGGGGUCAUCUGUUCAGGUCAGUGACGUCUGCUGGUUUUAUUCCACUGAAGACAAACUGAACAUGUGUGAUGGCUGACAUUAAGGGCCAGAGGUGGAGGACUGUGACCUUUGUUCAACCAGCCCCUGAUUGACUUAAAUUAACAUUGUGAUCAAUUAACUCUGGAGCUGAUCACUUAAUUGAUUACUGUGUAUUUGGAGAUGAUCAGAAAAACAGUUUAAAAAUCCCUUCAGUUCACUUUGCACGAAUAAAGGAACCAUCAGAGAGAAGAUUUAAGGCGAACAGAAGAUUAAAAAUCAAAGACAGUAAAAAUGUAAAUGAGUGACAGAACAUGAUAACAGUGAGCAGAGGUUCAGAUCACACUAACACGGGCUGUUAACACGAACUGAAGGCUGUUGGGAUCAUUAAAGCUCCUGUGGGGAACUUUCUGUUGCUGUCAGAUUUGGCGCCCUCUGUGGACAAAGCAGUCAUUGCGUUCUUGUCUCUGAGAAAAACCUCAUCCUGCUGACUCUGGACACUCAAAUGUUUCAUUCAUUGGAAACAUUAUGAGUGGAAAUUGAAAAGAGAGCUGCUUCGUCAGCUGUUGGGUGGACACCUACCUCCUCACACUUACUUCAGACCUUCAAAACGACGAUAUAAACUCCUCAGUCUGUCCCUGAUGGGCUUGUUAACAUUUGUGUGUGAUUAAAAAGCGUCAAUAUAAAGUGUAGUCUUGAUCAUAGACAUGAACAAAAACCUUCUCAGGAGCUUUAAAGGCACAGAAAAAAGGACUGUUUUUGACGGGGGUUUAUAAAUGUUCCCGUCUGGGGCCCCUCUGGUCUCUGAAGAACUAAAGGAUAGUGACAGACUGCUGAUUUGAAGGUCUCUGCAGACUCACAGUCCCUCUGACUGACUGUUUUUCUGUCUAGCUGCCUUCUCUGAUGUCAGGCUGGUGAACGGGGACACAGCAUGCUCUGGGCGAGUGGAGAUCUUCCAUAACAGCCAGUGGGGAACUGUCUGUAGUGAUCUCUGGGAUCUGAAUGACGCCCAGGUGGUCUGCAGACAGCUGGGAUGUGGUCCUGCCCAGUCUGCACCUAUUUUGGCCCACUUUGGACCAGGAACAGGACAGAUCUGGAUGGAUGACGUCGCCUGUACAGGCAGUGAAUCUGCAUUAUCCCAGUGUGGACACAAUGGGUUUGGCAAUCAAAACUGCAACCAUGAUGAAGAUGCUGGAGUCAUCUGUUCAGGUCAGUGACACCGAUUUUAACACCAUCUGAAAAUCAAGAUCUGCUUUAGUACCGUGGUUCUAGCUCUACACUCUUACACUGAUCCUGCAACCAUCUCACCGUCUUCACUCAGUGUGGAGGACUACAUCUCUUUUUAUACCAGCAAACCUGUGCUCCACCAACACUUCCCCCCGUCACCCCACUCCUGUGGACUCCAGGACUCACUUCUUUAGACAGAGACCUCCCUCUGUCUAAGCUCUUCGCCGUAGUACCUGCUCUUCCGUGUUGUUUGUUGAUCACGUUGCUCUAAAACCAGUUUACUUUCAUGAGUCCUUCUUUGACCAAGUCUCCUGCUGGAUCACUGCCGGCCUGCUGAGACCACUCGUACAUUUUUCACGUUGCUAGGUUGAGAAUUCAAAUAUUGGAACACUCCCUGAGUUUUGACGGUAAAGACUUCAAUUCCCACAAUGCCUUGUUUUGCAGUGUGUUGCAUCACAUGUGCUAUUUCACCUUUAGGUAGGUUUCUGCAGCCGGAGCUGGCCUGUGGGCGGGACAGUCUGCGAUUGAUGGUUCAAAAGAGUCUGCUGGAGGAACAAGGACUGAACGCCUCCUCUGCACACCUGAUCGACCCCCGCUGCCACCAGCAGGAGGACCACCGAGAGACCAUGUGGUACCUGGUGGAACGAAGGGAGGGUGUCUGUGGAAAUUUGGUGGAGGUGAGUCUGGUGGUGUUGGAGGUUGCAUGUCAUGACUGAAUCUGUAAAAAUCUGGAUAUUCAUGAGUUUCUGACGACCUCUAACCAACACAAAGACCUGUUAGUGUCGACGGGAAUGAAGUCCCAUGAGCACUUUUAAGGGGCUCAGCUUUUGGUCCAGUCUCUUCUUUAAGGGCAGAUUUUGGGCCUUUUUGUCUUUAUUGGUAGGACAGCUGACAGGAGACAGGAUGUGGAGUAGACAGUGAAUAGAUGUCAGGCAGGAACAAGUUAGCAACUCAGUAAAGCAGCGAGGAUUAUAGUAUCAGGGUUCGGGCAAGCACUCCAACGCUUCCUCUUACGACGUUGUGACAAAACAUUAUUUUUCUUUGGCAGAGUCAAAGAAAGUACAGCGAACCCUUAUCUGCAUUGGUUUUCAGUAGGAAUCAGCACUGCUGUCAGUGGGAGCAGGUCCUUAAAGGGAUAUUCCAGAAUAAAAUUAAUUUAGGGUCAAACCCACUGUAACCCCGAGUUAGACCCCGCCCCCUCCAGAGAUGAAUGUUGUCGACCGCUUGCUUCUCUAGUUAUACCAACUUUAGUAACGACCGCAGGAUAGAAAUACAGAGAGCCACGCCCUCAACCAAAACGCCACUCUAUAUCCACAAAUAAUGCUCAGAACAGCACCUAACUUCAUCAACAGGACAUAUAGGGUCACAGACAUAGUACUAGACACCAAACAUCUUUUUAACUUUGACUCAUUUCUUUAGCAAAGAGACUAAACACAACUCACGCUUGUUUGUAGAGAGACCUCAGGCCAGUCCAUUACAGACUACAGCGGGGUGCCGCAGCUCAAGGAAGAACAUUUAUGAUCAUUUCUUUAUCAUUUCCUUGAAGUAAUAAUCACCAUAUUAAUCAUUUUACAGACGCGGUAGUUCUUCUGUCUUAGCGUCUCGGUCUGAUUGUAUUUCCAUGAAGAAAUAAAAUGCAAAGAAAUGAGUGUUGCUGCUGUCACUAUGACCUUGCUGAUUACACUGAGAGAGCCCGACACAGGACGUCACAGCGCUGCCAGCAUGACUGUAGACUUUUUGACGAAUCAUAAACUGUUUUCACUGUUUGUCUGCGUUUGUUGGGAUUGAUCGUCUGCUGUUUCGCUCUGUCUUCCCAUGGUGCAGUACAACAGCAGACACAUCACCUACUCCAACAUACUGUUUGUGUACCCCUUUGAUGGGACCAAUGUCUCCGUCUCCAUCCCAAUGAGCGUCCCUUUCACCUGCGUCUUCCCGUUGGACGACACCACCAGCCUGGGGACCGCCAUCCGAUACCAGCUGCCGUGAGUUCACCUGCUGCGGCGCUCCUUCCCCAGUAAACGCCCAUCUGGUUCCUACACAGCUGUGAUUGUCUGAUAAUCCACAUGCUUUAUAAAUUAGUUUGGCUCUAAGUUAUUCUGCUCAGUCUCAAGGUUUUAGGACUUUCAGCCUCAAUAUGAUCACCGAAGUGUGUGAUCAGAUCCUGGAGGUGUUUGGAAUUUAAUCCAGGUUUGAACUGAAUUACAAAGACCUUUAAACUCAUAACGAACAUUAAAUCUGUCCCUGGAACUGGACUAUAAUCUAGAAUAUUGAGGUAUUUAACUGUGUAAACGUGUUAAAUCUGUCGUCUUCUGUGAAGAUUUUCCACCUGAAACAGAAUUUCUCCGUUUCCUCCAGGAGGAACAGUCUCGGUGUGGUGAGGUCAGGAGAACCAAACCGGGUGGUGAUGACCCUGUACCAGAGACCAGACUACAGCCUGCCCCUCCCCCCCGGCUCCGUUAGCCUGCCGCUGGGCUCCGCCCUGCAUGUCGGCGCCUCUGUCGAAAACUACGACAACUCAACCUUCGUUCUCCUGCUGGAAAACUGCUACGUCACCAACUCUCCCGGCGCUGACGAUCCAGACAAGUACUUCCUGAUCCAGAACAGGUGACGGUCCAGACAUGAGCAGAGUUUCUUUAAAUGACUUCUUAGUGCGAGAAAACUGACCGACGCCUCGAUCGUUUGUUAAAAUGAUGAAACACUUUCUCAGAAAAAAUGUGGUCGAACGCUGAAAACUCGAGGAUUACAGUAAACAGAUUAAGAUUAGAUGCUGACGUCACACAGUCACUCUGAGUGAGACACACAUGAAGGCGGGGCGUCUGUCACAGAAUAUAAGCUGCUGUCUGAUUGGUUCAUCCCCCCAGGUGCCCGGUUGACCGUCGUCAUGUGACGGUGGAUGAAAGCGGACGGUCACGGCGAGCGCUCUUCUCAGCGCUGCUCUUCCAGUUCCACGGGACCUACGAGGACGUUUAUCUGCACUGCAGGAUCAGUCUGUGUGACGGGGACAGCGGCCCCUGCAGGCCUGUGAGUGAACUGCAGCUGAGUCACCAACACAGAUCACUCAGUGGAUCUUGUAGAGGUCAAAGGUUAUCAGGAAACUCACACGGGUUUUACUUCAGUUUAAGGGGGUUGACAGGAUCCUGCUUAGACCUGGACAGGGUUCUAGAUGUCACCUGGAUUCUCUUCAUUUAGAUUUCACCUCGUUUUAUUAUAGUCCUCAGUUUUCUGUGUGUUUUCCCCUUAGUCCUGUAGUCCAGUCCCCCUGUAGUCCUGUAGUCCAGUUCCCCUGUAGUCCUGUAGUCCUGUUCCCCUGUAGUCCUGUUCCCCUUAGUCCUGUAGUCCUGUUCCUCUGUAGUCCUGGUCCCCUGUAGUCCUGUUCCCCUGUAGUCCUGUAGUCCAGUUCCCCUGUAGUCCAGUUCCCCUGUAGUCCUGUAGUCCAGUUCCCCUGUAGUCCAGUUCCCCUGUAGUCCUGUAGUCCUGUAGUCCAGUUCCCCUGUAGUCCUGUUCCCCUGUAGUCCUGUUCCCCUGUAGUCCUGUUCCCCUGUAGUCCUGUUCCCCUGUAGUCCUGUAGUCCUGUUCCCCUGUAGUCCAGUUCCCCUGUAGUCCUGUAGUCCUGUUCCCCUGUAGUCCAGUUCCCCUGUAGUCCUGUAGUCCUGUUCCCCUGUAGUCCUGUUCCCCUUAGUCCUGUAGUCCUGUUCCUCUGUAGUCCUGGUCCCCUGUAGUCCUGUUCCCCUGUAGUCCUGUAGUCCAGUUCCCCUGUAGUCCAGUUCCCCUGUAGUCCUGUAGUCCAGUUCCCCUGUAGUCCAGUUCCCCUGUAGUCCUGUAGUCCUGUAGUCCUGUAGUCCUGUAGUCCAGUUCCCCUGUAGUCCUGUUCCCCUGUAGUCCUGUAGUCCUGUUCCCCUGUAGUCCUGUAGUCCUGUUCCCCUGUAGUCCAGUUCCCCUGUAGUCCUGUAGUCCUGUUCCCCUGUAGUCCUGUUCCCCUGUAGUCCUGUUCCCCUGUAGUCCUGUAGUCCUGUUCCCCUGUAGUCCAGUUCCCCUGUAGUCCUGUAGUCCUGUUCCCCUGUAGUCCAGUUCCCCUGUAGUCCUGUAGUCCAGUUCCCCUGUAGUCCUGUUCCCCUGUAGUCCAGUUCCCCUGCAGUCCUGUAGUCCAGUUCCCCUGUAGUCCAGUUCCCCUGUAGUCCAGUUCCCCUGUAGUCCAGUUCCCCUGCAGUCCUGUAGUCCAGUUCCCCUGUAGUCCAGUUCCCCUGUAGUCCAGUUCCCCUGUAGUCCAGUUCCCCUGUAGUCCUGUAGUCCAGUUCCCCUGUAGUCCUGUUCCCCUGUAGUCCAGUUCCCCUGUAGUCCUGUAGUCCUGUUCCCCUGUAGUCCUGUUCCCCUGUUCUCCUGUAGUCCUGUUCCCCUGUAGUCCUGUAGUCCAGUUCCCCUGUAGUCCAGUCUUAGUUCUCAGUCUGACCCUGUCUCCCUCCUCUUCUCAGUGUUUUAUUCUUUAAAUCAGUUUUCUGUGUUUAUUUCCUGUUUUAUUUUGUAGGAGUUGGUUCCUUGUGUUUCUGGUUUCCCUCCUUCGUUAAUCUCUCAUCAGUCUCACCUGAGUCUCGUUUACCUGGGUGUGUUUAUAGCCGUCGUCUUCCCCUCUGCUCUUGCUGGUUCAUUGUUUGUUUUUGUUUGUCUGUGUGUAUUAGUGUCUGUGUUUGUGUCUGUGUCUGUGUCUGUGUGUUUGUGUGUAUUAGUGUUUGUGUGUGUGUUUGUGUGUCUGUCUGUGUGUUUUUGUGUGUCAGUGUGUAUUAGUGUUUGUGUGUAUUAGUGUUUGUGUGUCUGUGUCUGUGUCAGUGUGUGAAUCCCUGGUCUCCUUGUGUUGUUGUUUCCUGGUCAGAUUUCACUCCUUGUUGUUUUUUUCUCUCUGACGUUCUUAAAGUCGUUGUUUUUGUUGGUCUGGAGGUUCCAAAGAUCUGAUUCACUGACUUCAGUCUGUUGUUGUUUCUUCAGAGAUGCUCUGCUGGUUCUUCUCCGUGUUUUCUUUGUUUUUCUACUUUAAUGGUUUCAUUCAGUCACAGAUCUGUAGCUCUGGACUUUAAUGUUCCUCAGAGUCCUUCACGGACCCUCUCAGCUCUGAGAGAAGACAAACGGUCUCACGUUCAGCUUUUUUUAAUCACUGACUCUGAAUCUGUGAUUUCUGCAGAGCUGUUCCAGACGCCGCGCUCGCUCUGCUGGAGCCUCAGGCCAUCAGCUUCCUGUCACCAUUGGACCAAUCAGCUGUGAGUGUUUCCUUAACGACAAACACGCCUCCGAGGGUCAAAGGUCACCAAAACAUCUCUCUGUUUCUGUGUCCAGGGUUCUAA